AUGGCCGACGCGGGACCAGGCACGCCCGCGGGGCCCCCAAAACCGCGCCUCAAGAUUAACGUGAACCGAUCCACUUCUUUCAUCACCGACACACCGCCGUCAGCUGCAGCGGCGACUCCUGGCGAGGGCGGCGGCUCGCGCAAAGUGAAGCUCAAGCUCAGCGGCUCGACUCCCGCCACGCCGGGCAUCGACCACGCGACCCCCGUCAAGACUAAAGCGGGACGGCAGUCGAAGCCGACUCAGAAGCUCGUGGAAAGCAAGAAGCGACAGCGCGACGAAGAUGACGACGACGACGCGCCGCUGGCGGCCUCGGCGCCGCCUGCGACCAAGAUCAAGAUUCGACAAGCCAAGGCCGCUGCGGCCGCCGGUGGGGGCGCGCACACGCAGCUGGUAUUGAAGGCGCGUGGGCGGCCGCCGGUGCACCCUCCAGGCGAUGGGUACGAUUCAGAGGCGAGCGACCGCGAACUGGACCCGGCGAUUGAGGAGCAGUUUAUACUGCGGAUGGUGCCGGGCGAGCACAGCGACUACGUGCGGGCAAUGAUGGAGGCGGGCAAGGUGGGCGUGAGCCGGCAGCAGGGAGGCGCGCAGAUUUCACUGAAAUUCUUUGACGAGGAGUCGCGGCGCGCGGUGGUGACAGUCAAGGGGCAGAUGUUUGCGGCGGUCAUGGUGGAUCUGCCGACGAUUACGGAAUCAAUGAAGACGUGGGACAAGAAGAGCUUUCUCAAGUCGGCGGACGUGUGCCAGAUGCUGCUCGUGUUUCAGAUGGUCAAGACGGAGGAGGAGGCGAAAAAGGCGACGCUGCCGAGCGUGGUGGACGCGGGCAGCUUUAAAUGGCCGCACGGGCUGACGCCGCCGAUGCACGACUGCGUGAACAGGAGGUUCGCCAAGACGAUUAGCAGAAAGGAGAUUGAAGACAAGGAGCAAGAGGUGGAAAGGCUGCUGGGCGAGGACGCGAUGGCGGACCGCACGGCGUGGGAGUGGGUGGACGAGGGCAACAACGCGGACGGUGGUGCGGGUGGUGCGGAGGAGGAGGAGGAGGAUGCAGAGGGCGAAGACGCAGAGGGCGAGCUGGACGACUCGAUGGGCUACUUUGGCGCCGAGGACGCGGACGGCGACUUGGAUCUCGAGGCCGACUUGGAAGCCGCGUUUGCGGAUGACAUGGUGGCGGCGACGACAGCGGAGACGCCCGCCACAGGCGUGGAGGACCUCGGCACGCCGCUCAUGACGACGCAGGGCAACACGCCCGCCGUGCAUCCAUCUAUUGAAAUGGACGAAUCUGAAGAAGACGAGUCGGACGAGGAUGACAAUGACGACGACGACGACGAUGAUGAUGAUGACGAGGACAUGGACGAGGAUGAGCGCGCGGCGAGGGACGAGGCGCAAGGCGUAAGGGACUUUAUCAAUGAUCUCCGGAAACAGCUCGCGCACCGCCGCGCGGACCUGGAAAAGACGCAAAACAAGAUUCUCCGCCAGAGGUUGGAGAGUCAGAUUAAGCAGCUGCGGUCGGAGAUUGAGUUGAAAAUGUCGUCGAUUGGUAUGGAGGUGGAUGAUUAA